CCAUGCGUGCUGAUAUUAAAAGGGAGGGGCAAACUCCACCACUCACAUCUCAAUUCUAUUAGUUGGAUUCUGGUUGCUAUUGCGAUUGUGAAAGAAAAUUCAACGCAGCGAUGGCUGACCUCUUUGUGAAGCAGGCAAAGGAAUAUGCAGUUUCGAGGCCAUGUUACCCUUCCCAGCUAUUCCGCUUCAUCGCUUCCAAGACUCCUUCUCACCAACUCGCUUGGGACGUCGGCACCGGAAGCGGCCAGGCCGCCCACCAUGUAUGUGCCUUCCUCUUGCUCGAAUUCCUCAAGAAUGUGGUAGGCACGGAUGCGAGUGUGAAACAGCUAGAAUACGCAGUGAAGCUCCCCAACGUGCGAUUCCAGCAUACGCCUUCGACGAUGUCAUUGGCGGAGCAAGAACAGAAGGUGGCACCGGAGGGAACAGUAGACGUGGUGACCAUUGCUCAGGCACUCCACUGGUUCGACCUCCCGACCUUCUAUCGCCAAGUGAAAUGGGUGCUGAAGAAACCUCACGGGGUGAUUGCCGCUUGGUGUUACAACGUGCCCCGAGUGACGGACGCAGUAGAUAAAGUGUUCGACCAUUACGCGGCUGAACUGAAGCCUUAUUGGGAUCGGGCACGCGAAUUGGUGGACAACAAUUACAGGAGCAUUGAUUUUCCGUUUGAGCCGGUGGAUGGAGCUGAUGACACGGGGCCGAUUGAGUUUGUGACGGAGAAGGAGGUGGAUUUGGAUGAUUUCUUGACGUACCUGAGAUCAUCGUCAGCUUACCAGACAGCCAUUGAGAAGGGCGUGGAGCUUCUGAGGGAGGAUGUUGUUGAAGGAUUUAAGAGUGCUUGGAUUGAAGAUGGAUCUCUGCUUAAGGUUGCCAGGUUUCCAGUUUAUCUCAGAAUCGGCAAGGUUGGAGACGCCUGAACAUCGCACCGCUUAUUGCUUAAUAUCAUCUCCGAAUCAAAAUUCUGAUUCUAGCUGGAUCUUUGCUGCUUCCAGUCAUUAAUAAAGAUAUCAGAAACCUUUUUUUUUUUUUCCUUGUUUAACUUUUAAUUCCCCACUUCUAAUGCCUGGUACUCACACGGUCACGCCAGAUUAGAAGAAAAUGAUUAAUGAAAGUGACUGAAUAAUAAGCUUUUGGCUUUGACUCUGUCA